AUGCAGCUAAAAAGAAGAAGCUACACAGCAUCUUUCAAAACGAAGGUUGUCGCAUACUCGGAGGAGGUCAACACACAUACUGGCAGAAAGAAUGGGAAUCGAAAUGCUGCGAAAUUAUAUGGAGUGAAUGAAUCCCAAGUGAGGAAAUGGAAGGCAAACAUAGAUGCGCUACGAGCAACCGAUGGUUGCAAAGGCGCAUUGCGCUCUGCUCAGCCAAAGUGGCCAGAUCUUGAAGAAUCUCUCAGAAAAUGGGUGAUUGAACAGCGUAAAAAGAAGCGCAAGGUAUCGACUAUUCAAAUCCGUUUGGAAGCAAAACGCAUGGCCGCAGCUAUGGAUAUCAUGAACUUUAAAGCCGGCAGCGGAUGGUGUAACAGAUUUAUGCAACGCGCAGGAUUAUCGGUAGGAGCCACCACAUCAAUAGGCCAGCAUCCUCCUGAAAACGCAAUAGAUCUCAUGGAUAGUGGACAAAAAAGGAGCACAAGACAUCACUAUAACGAUAAGAUUAAGACAGGAGGAGAAAAAACCGACUUUACGGUCGUCCUUGGUGUGACUGCUGAUGGCAGAUUCUGUCCACCAAAGGUGAUAUUCAAGAGGAAGACAAUCUCCAAGGAUACGCCACCCGAAGUUGUCGUAAAAGCGAACUGUUGGGGAUGGAUGAAUGAGGUCCUCAUGACUGAUUGGAUUGAAACAUGUUGGAUGGCGCGGAAAGAUCCUGCAACUUCCCCAGAGCAAGCCGUACCUGUUCUUGAUUCGGCUCGAUGCCAUUUGACUUUGAAAGCCAAAGAAGCUUUACGAAGAAGAACGAAGAUCGUUGUGAUACCAGGAGGGCUCACAAAAAAUCUCUAGCCGCUAGAUGUAUCUGUAAACAAAUUCUUCAAAAGCAAACUCAGAAAGAAAUGGGAGGAGUGGAUGAUCGAUGAGAGCAGGCAUACAUACACUAAACAAGGACACAUGAGACAUGCAACGUACGCAGAAGUGUGCUCUUGAGUACUGGCAAGUAUUCAAGAAAUUAGUUCCAAUGCGUUCAAAAUGGCUUCAGAUGAGCCUUCGGAGAAAGCGAACAUGAUGACGAAGUAGGAGAAGGCGAACUUGAUUAUGAAUUAGGAGUAAGUGAGCUCGAGGACGAAGGAGGAGAAAGCAAACUAGAUUACGAAGGAGGAGAGAAUGUACUUGAUGGCAGAGUAGGAGAUCACCUGAGCGAUGCGGAAUCCAUGUGAUCCUUUCAACGCUUUUUAUAAAUUCAUCACCCUACAAAACCUUUCAUUUUGCCAUUUGUCAUCCGUUUGUCAA